UAUGGGUACAAAGAUUUGGUCACACAGUUAUUUGUGUUUUCUUCUUAAGAUUGUUGUCUUAAGUGCUUUGUUUAGGAUUUGCUUGGCAUAUAAUGACAGUGAAAGCAAACUUUCAGCAUUCUUUGUAUUUGGAGAUUCUUUAGUUGAUCCUGGAAACAAUAACAGACUUAAUAACAUUGCAAAAUAUAAUGUCUGGCCGAACGGAAUCGAUUUUCCAGGCGGGAUACCUACUGGACGAUACACUAACGGAAGAACUGCUGUUGAUUUUUUAGCUCAAGGUUUGGGUUUCAAGAAUUUCAUUCCAGCUUACAAUAAUCCAGCUACUGCCGGGGAAAUUGUUUUUCAUGGUGUCAAUUAUGCAUCUGGUGGUAGUGGAAUUCUUGAUAAGUCUGGUUACAUCUUUGGACAACGAAUUUGUAUGAAUGAUCAACUCGCUAACUUCGCGAAAACAAGGCAGUACAUAAUCUCCAGUAUUGGUGCUGAUGCGGCUACGGAGCUGUUCUCGAAUGCUAUUUUCGCAGUUGGUAUGGGUGCAAAUGAUUUUCUUGUCAACUACUACACUCCAGUUCUUUCAAUACUUGAACAGACGUUAAUUGCUCCAGAAGAAUUUGUAGAUGCAAUGAUCUCCGAAUAUAGACCUCAACUAACAAAAUUGUAUGAAAUGGGUGCAAGAAAGUUUGUCAUUGAAAAUGUUCCACCCAUUGGUUGCGUCCCAUUAGAGAGAGACUUGAACCAUCUAUGGGUAGGGGAUUCCUGCGUCACGUCCAUGAACGAUGCAGCGAUGUUAUUCAACGCGAAACUGAAAACAUUAAUGUCGGAAUUGAACUCAAAUCUUGCGGGAUCAAAAUUUGUUUACGCGGAUCUCUACUACAUUGCUUCGGAUAUCAUUGAAAAUUAUCAGUCUUACGGCUUAGAGAACUAUAACUCUGCGUGUUGCCGUCAACUAGGCCGAUACGGAGGACUGGGUUUGUGCGGUCCAACAGCGAAAGUUUGUUCAGACAGGUCGAAAUAUUUUUUCUGGGAUGCAGUUCAUCCUACUGAGGCUGUCAACUUAAUCGUUUCUAAACGGUUGCUUGAUGGCGAUUCGAAAGACAUUUACCCGAUAAAUAUUCGCCAACUAUGUACUGAUACUGAUAUUGGUCUUUGAAACUCUUCAAAAUGGCUGAUAUAAUGUUACUAAAUUUAUGUCUGUUAAACUUGCUUAUAAAUUUAGAGUUAAAACUUCAGACAAA